CACGUUGAAACUUUCCUCUUUUCCCUCUCAUCGAUAGCCACGUAAUGGACGCUGCUUUUAACAUCACCAUGGGUGGCCUUCACUAUGCGGCCAAAGCGUAUGACAUCGCAAGUAGAACAUUGCAAGAGCACAAUGUAACACUGCCAUCCCCUCAAAUAAUUGCGUACAGCUUUCAAUCAGCCGCUCAACAAUUAGGUAACGCGGCAACUUCAUUCGGUCUACCCUCGUACUGGAAGGAUAUCCUUGUCAACUACAACGUGCUCCCCGUGAUAAUGGCACUAGUGUGGCUAUAUACAAUGUUUUGUUUAUUCACAAUGACGCUACGAUGGAUCUAUAGGGUUGUUUUUGGGUUCGUUCGAUUUUCUCUUAUCAUCUGCACUGUAGCGUUCGUGGUUUACCACGUCCAGAUGUAUCUCAGCAAAGAUGGCGACUUUGUAGAUAGCACACCUUUAUCGAGUAACCCUCGGGCAAAUUAUCUGAGACAACAGGGGGUUGUUCCAUAGCGUUAACGAACAAGCAUGUAGAAUAUUUCUUGGUUGGUUUUAUGUACUCUUGCCCAAUUUUCCCUUGUAGUAUAUAGCGGUUUUCUAUUAUUCAGUGUAGUUCUUUAUUCUUCAUUAUUAAAAAAAACGACCUAAGUUAGAAUGCUGAUGGUUUUCAGCAAACACAAGAAGAGUCAAAACAUAGUUAAAAGCAAAGGUUGAUUUGAUAAUUAAUGCGGGGUGGCAAAAGGUGAGUUGUUUCCCAUUCUACUGUCGUCGCUUGUAGCGAACAUCGCAAGGGUGC